ACUACGAAUACAGUGAUCGCACUACAAUCUUGUGAAAUUUAUGGAAUGUGUGUUGUAUCAGUAUGAUUGAUUUACAAUGAACUUAUUGCGAAAAAGUGGAAUUUAAGUGUGAAAAAACUCGGAUUUUUUUAAGUUAAGAACAGAAUACUUAGUGGUGACAUUCGCUACAAUCACGCUGUGCAUUGUGUAUUGACCGUGACCUUGUUUCAGGUCAUGAAAACAUGUUGCCCGGAUGUAAGGCACAAAAUGGUAUGACAUCAAAGUUUGCAGGUUAAAAGACAAGUAUAGCACAGAAGUUUGUACAGAAUGAAAAUAACUUAAGGUAUCUAGAGAGAUACUGAAUUGUUUCACUGUUAUGGAUUUAUCCAGUGACCAGUCACCCCUAAGUGACUUGUCUCCGUGUGCUGAUCUGAACGGUCUAAGAGAAGAACAAUCACCCUCGGACGUUGAUCUGACCUGUCCAUCAUAUAUAAACCAGCAGCCUUUAUCAUGUACUUCUCAAGUAUCAGCUCUGACAAUCAACACGGUAAAGUCCCCAACUACGGCCCUGUCAUCAACAAAUACAACUAUAUCUGCAAUGUUCACUGGUAAAAAUGGGGCCAAAUCGCCACAUUGUAAAGUGUGUGGAGACGAAUCCUCUGGAUUCCACUAUGGAGUGGAUUCAUGUGAAGGAUGCAAGGGAUUCUUCAGAAGAUGUAUAACCCAAGGAAUGACACACAAAUGCUCAAAUGAGGAGAAGUGUGAGAUAACACCAUUUACACGCAAUAGCUGUCAGUACUGUCGACUCAAGAAAUGUUUCGCUGUUGGCAUGUCAAGGGAAGCUUCAAGACUUGGUAGAAGGCCAAAGAGAAUGAAGGACCCAGGAAGUCGGGACUCUAAGCCUACUACAAAUUUACCAAUUGCUCCAUAUCCCUCCUCUCAAGACUUAAAUAAGCUACGCAUGGCUGAACUGCAGGGAAUAUUACAACAGAGUGGCUCACUUAAGCCAGAGAUGAUGGAAGCUUUCUUGAGUGCGGCACAAGUAAGCUUUAGAGAGCAUCAGAGAAAUCAUAAUAACCAAAACAAUACAAGUAACGGUACAGUUAAGCUACCAGGACAAAGACAAGGUAACGAUUCUGGGUAUUCCAGUCUAAGUAGUCCGUCAAGUAAUAAAAGUUCAUCGCCUCCUCAGGAUAAUCAACACCAGUUAAUUGAUGGUGAAAAUAUCAUGGAAGACUGUAAAACAUCGUUGAAUAUAGACCCACUUAUGAUGGGCAUGCGCAUUCCUCAUUCUGCUAAUUAUUCUCCCAUAGAAAUAAAGGCGGAGCCAACAGAUGAAAUAAGGUCUUGUGCGAAAUCAGGAUCCCAUAACCCGGUCAUGGACUUUUGCCCUCAAGAUUUAGAUGUUGAUGUUUUUAAUCAAAAUAGUUUGCCUGAUAUACAGGAAUCAAGAUUUGAAAGUGAUUAUGUUGACCGAUUCAGUCCAGACCAGCAUAUUAUCAGUGAGCAUCCGAUUAUGUAUACAGAACAAAGAGAUGAAGGAAUGGACAGCCCUACGCACGUAGAGGAAAUGUAUGAUGACAAUACAUUCUCAAUUGAUAUAAACAAAAUCAUGGCAGAGGUGGUCAAGAGACCAUCUGAUAUUCGAAAAAACCUACUGGAUCAAGUUACAGAAGAGGUGGUCAAUGCACACUUCAAAACAUGUAAACCAACAUACCAAAAUGUACGAGAGGCCAACAUGAGGCUAGAAAAGUUAAAGGCACAGAACAUGCUGCCUGACUUCAGUAAAAUGAAGAUUGACCCAUCAAAGAUGUGGGAACAGUUUGUACAGAACAUGGUACCAGAAAUAACUAUGGUUGUCAAGUUUUGUAAGAAGAUACCAGGUUUCAAUGAGAUCUGUCAGGAGGACCAGAUCAAUUUGAUAAAGCAAGGGUCAUUUGAAGUGAUGCUGGUCAGAAUGUGUAACUUAGUGGACACAGAGAAAGAGGAGAUGUUCGACCCAGAUAUGAAAAUGAAAUGUCCAAAGGCAGUUGUUCUUGGAAUGCCAAUGGGGACAUUUCUGGUGGAGUUCUUUAAAGUAGCCAAAGCCUUCAAUCCUUUACAGUUAACAGAUGGAGAAAUAGGGAUCUUCACAGCGACACUUAUCAUUUGUCCAGAUCGAAAAAGUAUUAUAAACUCAGUAGCUAUAAUGAAGUUACAGUUGCUGUUAAUGCAGGCUUUGUAUGUACUGAUCAAGAAAAAUCAUAGUGAUUAUGACAGUUUAUUUAUAGAGCUGAUGAAAAGGAUUCCAAUAUUCAGAGGAAUCAAUGCUAAACAUGCUAAGAUGUUGAACAAUAUGAAAAUGAACUCUCCUGAAACAAUUAGCUUGUUUCCAGAGUUACACAAAGAAGUAUUUCUGGAAAGUGAACUGGAAUAAUGCAGUGAAUAUUAUAUAUUUAUUAGAAACUAGUGCUAUAAUUUUGUCUACGCAUUUAUAAAGUGCGUAGAACUAUGUACUACAUGAAAACAAUUUAGAUUCUAUACUAAAUGUUGGAUUGAUAUUCGGCAACAGUAUAAUGUGUAAAAUGGGGAGUUUUUAAGGAGGAGCGUAAAAAGUGCAUUAUUAUAGUGCUAAUAUUUGACACAAAAAUUGUACUUAUUGGAUUAACAUUGUUUGUGUGUCUGUUAUGUGUUAACUUUAUGAACAAUUGUUUAAGGAGGACAUUUGAUGUACAAUACAGUGUAACUUUGUUAACCAAACAUUUGUAAAGUAAAAAAAAAAAGAUGAUCACUGUCACCUAAAUUCAUAUAACAUUUGUAAAUAGGUCACUGUCACUAAUGUUUGUUUAACAGCUACAAAAUUACAGAAACACAUGGGUUGAUUAACAGUUUAAGGGCAGUUUUAUUGAUAAAAUUUGUACAAAUAUUUUGCAGCGAUCUCAUAUAUAUAUAUUUGUAUAUACCACUGAUAAAUAAAAGUAAAAAUGACAAUUGGUUAAAGGUGUCCUAUGAUCAAAUUGCAUCUGUAACAAAAUAGUCAUUGACUGUGUUUUGUGGACUGUUGUUCUUAUGUUGAAUUUUCAGUUUCGGAACCACUACUCGGUUUACAUAUGAGUAUGACGUUUGACCCUAACAGUGGUUGUCCUGAAAUCAUGUUACUACUACUGCUGGUCAGUCUGAUGUUAAAGGUUGUAUGAAUAGCUGGACACCUGUGACUAAGGAAUAGUAAUUUUGGGAUUGAUUAACAAUCUUAUUUAAAUAUGCCAUAUCAUUUAUUAACUUUAUAAAUCAACAAAAUACAUUAAUAUGUUACCUUAUUGAUAAGGUGUAUAGUACUUGCAGUAAUGUUAUUUUUAUAGAAUUUUUUAAAUUAUUGAAAAUCAUUGUUUACCCUUCAAAGCUGAAUUGACACAUUGUACAUUCUCUUGUCAUCUUGUGUAGUGGUCAUCAGUGUCACUUUGGUUUUUUUUAACUGCAACUUCUUGAAAAAAGCUUUACAUAAUUGAGCCAAAAUUGCUCUGUUUUUUUCUAUGGAACAUGAAAUAAAUUUUCAGUCUGAAUGAAUUUUAGAGGUUCCAAUACCACAACAUGGACCUUUUGUCUAAUGACAUUAUUUUUGAGCGGUAGGAGAUGCAGAUUUGUCUUGGAAAACUGACAUUAUAACCAGCAUUUCUACCUUGUUCUCUGUUUUAAUUUUUUUUCUCAGCUGUGAAAUCAUACUGUAUCACCUCAGUGCCUAAAUAAUGUUUAUGAUGAUAUUUCUAAUUGUAUUGAUUCUUAUGUGUAUUGGAAAAUUGUUAUUUAUCUGUAAACAAACUCAUUCGAUACAGCUUGAUAUAAGUAAAAAGUCAAGUCAAGUAGUUCUGUUUUGUCUAGUAAUUCAAUGCUGUUAAUUUGUCUUAAGUACCGGCAUAUUGGACGGUCAGAUUUAAAUUGCAGUAAUUAUUGUAAAACACUUUCGAUAACUUUGUUUUUAAAGUAAAGAUGUAAUAGGUUUUACAGUAAUAGAUGCUGUCCUUUAUUGUUUUUUUUAAUUUAAUUUCUGAUUUAAUUGCCCCCCACACUUAAGGAAGCUGGCUUGUUUUAGAUUUAUUGUCAGUUUUUCGGAAUCCUCUGGUUUUAUCCAUUUGAAAUGCCUUGAAAAAUUUUGCCCGGUGACGCCUAAUUUUCUUUUUAUAAAUCUUUUACAUGUAUAAUGAUAAGCCAUCUGUAAAAGUGCGGGAAUUUCUGGCUACAUUGAAGACCUGUUGGUGACCUUCUGCUGUUAUUUUUUAUUUUGGUCGGGUUGUUGUCUCUUUGACACAUUCCCCAUUUCCAUUCUCAAUUUUAUUAUAAAAUUUUAAUUACUUUUUAACAGUUUUUGAGAUCUUCAACUUGUCAAUGAUAAAGCUAAGAAAAAUGAAGAGAGAAUAUUUUCCCGCCAAAAUUUCAAUGGCUAAUAUCUUGAAAACAAUUAGGUGACCUAUAUAUUUUUUUGCUCUUUGGAUUUCUUUAUUAAUCCCCUAUCUGUAUAAACUAGUGUUUUGAAAAGUUAAUUACUUUGAAACUGAGAAGCAAACUCCCUUAACAUUUUGUCAUGAAAAUAAUUUCAGAAUAAGGAAGAUUUGAUUUUUAUGGUGUACAAUCCUUAAAAAAUUUGCAGUUCUUAAAAUUUUGAUGUCAGAAUUUUAUCAAAUUUUAUCAUUUUGUUAGUUUAAUGAGACCUCACAUUGUUCUAUGACAAUGUACGAGACCUCACAUUGUUUAUGACAAUGUAUGAAGUGUUUUUGUGGAAAUAAUUUGUGAUCAAAUGUUAUGACUACAUCAUAAAAAUAAAAUUACUAUGGUAUGAUUUUUUCACAGUUAUAGCAGUUUUAUGUUAAAAGGACAAUUUUCCAAUUCACAUGAGAAGGAUGAAAUUGUUAUGCGUUACAUCCAUCAUUUGUUAAAGAAUGUUUUACCUAAAUAUACAGAUUUAUAUAGAAAUAUAAUUGUAAUAUAUUAACAUGAAAUAAUGUUGCUGUGUAUUAAUGAUAAAAUUAGUGUGUUAAAUAACAAGUGUAUUUGUUUUUGAAAAGUUUGAUUUGUUAGUGCAAUGUUUGUUUUUCUUGCAUGAAUGAUUUACAUGUAUAUAGGUAAAAAAAGGUUAAAACAUUAUGGUGAGGAAAGAAUAGAAAGAACUGUUUUUUUACUAUGUUUUAGUGCUUGUUAUAUUUUUGAAUGUGUUCCAACAUCAGUAGGUUUUAACUCAGUAGUCUGUGAGUCCAUUAUAAGGGGUCUGGAUGGGGCGUCCUUUAUUUCUGUAUUAUUUAUUCUAUUUUUUUGCUGUUUUUCUUUAUUUUUAAAAUCAAUGCUUAUUCUCUGAAAUUUUUAUGAGCAUCAUUUUUUUGUUAUUACAUGGUUUCUUUAUUCUGUAUAUUUCUGUAUUCAUUAUCUUAUUACCAAUUUUUCACAGUAAUUUUAUAUCCUCUAUUCUUUAAACCUCAUCCAGUCCCCCUAGUUUGUUUCAGGAUCUAGACAUCACAAUAGGUACACAAAUAAUUUGAUUGUUAUUUUUCUAAACACAUAUAUUUUCUUUUUUCCCUUCUUUUUUUUUGAAAGAGGAAUACUAUUAAGUUAUAAAGAUUUUAAUGCAGAGAUUUUAAAAAUUGAGUUCUUAAUAUACUUACCCAGAUUUCAUUUGCUUUACUUUUACUCUUUUCCAACUUAUUCAUUAUACAUUAUAGAGGCAUGGUGUUCUUUUAAUCUGAACUAUUUCUGUGAUAUUUAAAUAUUUUUUAAGAAAAUAUUAGAUAAAUUUAAUGUAAUGAGUAUAUACAAAAUAUAUAAUUAUUGGAGUGUAAAAUAGAACUAAAAAGUAUAUAUAAGACAAUUGUAAAUAGCAAUUUCAUGUCAGCUUGAAAGGGAUUGUUGGAAGGAAAAAAUGUGAGAGGCCAUUUUUUGUUGGCAGCUAGGUCCCAGGUUUGGUCAUACAGAUAUGACUAGACGAUAUGUAAAUACUGACUUUAUUGAAAUCUUAAGAACUAAUGUAAGGAAUGAGUUUAUUGAAAUCAUGAAAAUUAAUUUUAACUAUCUACACAGAAGGUAAUGUUUUUAAUUCUGGUAAUCAAAUAUUUGGCAGAGAGAAAAACAAACCCUUAUUAAAGUUUUUAAGAGAUUUGAAUUUGAUUUCUUAUAGAAAAUUUAGGGAUAAUUUGAUGCAAGAAGUUGUAUUAACAAAAGUAUAUGUAUUAAUUUUAAAUUAAUUUAAAGAUCACAUUUUUUAUGGUUGAUAAAAAGAAAAACUCAGUUCAGGAUAAAAUCAGUGGAUAUUAAUGAAAACCUCAAUCAUCAUUUUUUAUUUGGCCUUAAAUCAUGAGUAUCUGAAAUAAACACAUUUAAAAUGAUUUUUGUUUUUAUAGUUGUAUUACAAGUUUUAAGAUUACAGAAUAAACAACAUCCCUCGACUAACAUCUCUCUCUCUCUCUCAUUCCAACAAUCUGUAAAAUGAGAUCUGGAAUAGCACAAAUAACCAUCUAAUAUUAGAUUUCAAAGAAAAGACCAGUCAUUAAAUUUUAUUAAGUUGAAAAUGCAUGUAAAUUUCUAAAUUAUUUAAAUAAUAUUACAUUAAAUCCCAGUUAUGUUUUAAAAAUAAGUUCUGCAUGGUUUGGUGCAGCCUUAAUGAGGUCUAUUAUCAUUAUGAAAAAUCAAAUGUUACUUUCAAGUUAAAGCUUUAUUAAAGUUAAUCAGGUACCCCUCUCAGGAGAUUUCCAAUAACGAUUGCUGAAACAUAUUUUCAUACAUUCAUACAUACAUACACAUAUAUAUAUAUUCAUCUUUUACAAUUAUUACUUGCAUUCUUAUCACUGAAGUUAAUGAAUUUCUAAUUUAGAUUUAUAUUAUAAUUGAAAAACAAUUGUAUGUUCUUAAAGUCAUGAAAGUAGGCCACCUAUCUUGAUUACUACUAAACAUUUAUUUAUAAUUUCAAAAACGGAGUUUUUUAUGAUUGUAAAGCCUUUUUAAUGUAAGCUAUAUAAAAAACUUGGAAUCAUUGAAAAUAAUGUGUAUUUAAAAAAAUGUACAGAGGAUUUUUUUAACAGUAUAAAAUAAGAAGUUAAUUGAAAAAGUACAAUUUUUCAACUAAUUUGAAAAAAAAUAAUUGUGUUUCAGCAUAUUAAUUUAAAAUGGCUGAUAUAAUGAUUGUAUUUUAAGGUAUAAGUUUAAAAGUAACAAAUUUCAAGAUAACUUCUAUUCCUUAUAUGAAUAUUUCCUGUAACAAUAGGAUACCAAAGCCCGGUGUAAUCACAAAGUUCCUUUAUUUUAUUGUUCGUAUAUAUAUAUGUGAUAAAGACUUUUAUUGUUUAUUUUAAAUGUCUGAACUAGAAGAAGAAAAACAUCAUAAAUUAUAUAUUGUAGUGUUUUACUAAUUUGUUUCCAUUAGGUGUUCUGACUCUCCCCUAAACAUGAUCUCAUUUAGUUAAUACAAGAUUCAUUUUCCCAUUUCUAAAAAAAAGUAUGAAAAACAUUCAUAACACCUUAAACAAACUUAUGGUACAUAGAGGAAAGGGUUAAACUAAUUCUAUUUAAUAAAACUAGCCUUUAUCAUAUUUAUAUAAAAACCUUGUACACAAAUAUAUAUUUCAUUUCUGUAAAAAAAAAAAAAAUUAGAAGCUGUAUGAUUGCCAAUGUGUCAUAGAUGCACAAUUUAACUUUGACAAAUUUUCUUGUCUGUUGCAUCACAGAAAUAUAUAUUUGUAGACAAUGUGCCACUAUAUUUUCUGAUAAAGGUUUAUAUAUUAUUGUAUAUAAUGAGGGUCUCACAAUUAAUUGCAGUCAGUAUAUAAUGAAAGGGAAACAACCUCAUAACACUACAAUUUGUAUGAAAUUGUCAAUCUAUUUAGGGGUUUGAAUAUAUUGUUUGAUUUUCAUUUGUGCAAUUACAUGUUAUAAUAUGCUGAUGUGAACUUAGAAAUAAGCUAUUCAAAUUCUACUUGAAUUUUUAUAUAAAACAGUCUAUUAAAAUGAAUGUGGAGGGAUAGUAAUGGCAAUUCUAUAUUUUAGAAACAGGGCAUGGGUCGUUUGUGGUUAUGAGUCCAUUUGAUGUAUGCAAGAUUACAAAAAGAAACAUUUUUUGAGGAUUUUUGUUUGAAGUCCCUUUCUCCUUCCCCAUUUAUUGUAAAAGAAUUGCCGUCAGAUAGCCAACAGUGUGUGCCUCUUCGAUAUAUAUAAUGGUCAUCAUUGUAGAUAAAUUGUCACCUCACGUUGCAUUUGUAUUGGUAUCAUUUUCUUGUGUAGACUAAUUUAAGUACUAACACUUUCACUUAGUUAGCAGUGCUAUUCUUAGGUACAGGCUUUUACUCAGUAAUUACUCAAUGAGUUCGCUGUUUAUAACUUGUUUUGAAAAGUUUAAAAUGAGUACACUUUUAUGUAUCUUUUCUCAAAACAUAUUUGCAAAGUCCAAAAUUUAUUUUAUAUUAUUUUCCUUAAUUUUAUAAGAUGGAUUUUCAAA